UUGUUCAUGUGCUCUCCAGCAAAUCAAACUUGUUUCUCUGCGGGUUCUUAUCACAUUUUGUUGGCCGGUGAAAAUUUAGCUUGGAAAAGUUAAUUAGAAUUGCAUUUUAAUCAUUGUUUCGCAUUCAAUUGAUACGCGUGUGUUUUUCCAACAGUGUAUUAUUCGGGUUCUUGCAAUACAAUAGAAAUAAAAUUGCCGAAACAUGAGCACCAACGUCUAUGAAGGUUAUAAAUCGCCGCUGAGCACUCGCUAUGCCAGCAAAGAGAUGCAAUAUCUUUUUAGUGACCAGAAAAAGUUUUCCACAUGGCGUCAAUUGUGGGUAUGGUUAGCCGAGGCAGAAAAGAGUUUGGGAUUGGAGAUAACCGAUGCCCAAAUUGCCGAGAUGAAAGCCAACAUUAAUAAUGUUGACUUUGAGGCAGCAGCCGCCGAAGAACGUUUAACCCGUCACGAUGUUAUGGCUCAUGUUCAUGUAUUUGCCAAACAAUGUCCAUUGGCUGCACCAAUUAUUCAUUUGGGAGCAACCUCGUGUUAUGUUGGUGACAAUACGGAUCUUAUUAUUUUACGUGAUGCCUUGGAUUUACUGUUGCCCCGUAUUGCCUCUGUGAUUUAUUGCCUCAAAGAAUUUGCUCUAAAGUACAAAUCACAACCCACAUUGGGUUUUACACAUCUGCAGCCAGCCCAAUUGACCACAGUCGGCAAGAGAGCCUGUCUAUGGAUACAAGAUUUGUUGAUGGAUGAGCGUGCUUUGCGUCGCUGUCGUGAGGAUUUACGUUGCCGUGGCGUUAAGGGUACUACUGGAACUCAGGCUUCCUUUUUGCAACUUUUCAACGGUGACAGUGGCAAGGUGAAGGAAUUGGAUUUGAAGGUUACAAAAUUGGCUGGUUUUGAAAAACCAUAUGGCGUAACUGGUCAAACCUACUCACGUAAAGUAGAUGUGGAUAUUAUUGCCGCAAUCUCCAGUUUGGGCACCACCAUUCACAAAAUGUGUUCGGAUUUGAGAAUUUUGGCAUCACGCAAAGAAAUGGAAGAACCAUUUGAAAGCACACAAAUUGGUUCAUCGGCUAUGGCUUACAAACGCAAUCCCAUGCGUUCAGAACGUUGUUGUGCCCUGGCUAGGCAUAUGAUAACUCUCUUUUCCAAUGCCGCCAAUACACAUGCCACCCAAUGGUUGGAACGUACUUUAGAUGACUCGGCCAAUCGUCGGUUAACAUUGUCGGAAGCUUUCCUAUCAGCUGAUGCUGCCCUAUUGACUUUGUUGAAUAUUUCUCAAGGCAUGGUUGUUUACCCCAAGGUAAUUGAACGUCACAUUGCUCAGGAAUUACCUUUCAUGUCAACCGAAAACAUUAUUAUGGCUAUGGUAAAGGCCGGUGGUGAUCGCCAAGUUUGCCAUGAAAAGAUUCGUGUACUCUCACAAGAAGCCGGUGCCCAAGUCAAGCAACAUGGAAAAGAUAACGAUUUGGUGGAACGUGUGCGUAAAGAUCCUUACUUUGCUCCCAUCCUCGAUCACUUGGAUACAAUUUUGGAUCCCACAACAUUUACUGGCCGUGCCAGUGAUCAAGUUAGCGAAUUUGUUAGUGAGGAAGUUGAAGGUGUUUUAGCCAACUACAAGGAUGCUUUGAAGAAUAUACAAGUUGUUCAAUUGAAUAUUUAAGCGGAGAAGGACGAGAAUGUUGACAUUCUGUAUGCCUUUUUUGUUUACCACAUGCUUCCAAGCAGCAUUAGUGUUUACAUUUAGUUUUCAUAUUGUUACCGAUAAGAUUUUUAAUGAAUGUAAUCAAUAAAUUAAAAAAAUACAA